UAAGCAUAAAACAAAUCAAGGAAGACAUCUCAAUGAAUCUUUCUUUCUUCUCUCUCUUCUCUCACACAACGACCUAAUUUAUAAAGUCUUUUUCUCAAAUUCUGCGCUUGGCGCACACGCGCCUCCUCCAUGGGCAAGCCAGAGGAGCUUCCACCGGCGCGUCUAGAUCAUCAAAAGGAACCUCAAGCUGGGAUUUUGAAUCUCCAACAACUGAAUGUCGCAGAAUCAAGCUAUGCCACGAAAUUAUCUUCUCCGAAACCCCAAAACAAAACCUCUAUCAGUUAUGGAUGCCAAGAUGUAAAAGCUAGAAUCACUAUUCACAAUGGAAUGCCGGCAGUAAUUUUCAAAGCUAAGGACUAUUAUGGAGUUAUGGCUGAAGAAUGCAAGCUUACCGUUGUGGGCAAAUUCCUGCGAACCCGACCAAAAAUUGAGGUUUUGAAACCGGUGGGAAAACCUUUAUCUAUGGAUGUGGCAACUUUUGGCAGAACUAGACCAAGUACAGCUAAGGUCAGAGUCGACAUUGAUCUCACAAAACCUCAGGAGACUAGUGUUUAUGUAGGCCAAGAAGAGGAAACCAAUCCUUUGAAAGGGUUUACUGAGAAGAUUGAAUAUGAACACAUUCCAAAAUAUUGCAAGCAUUGUAAACUCAUUGGACAUUCUCUAGUCCAAUGUAGAGCUGCAAUUAAGAAGAAAUCAGUAGAAGAAAUAGAAGAUAAGAUUGAAGUUGAGCAGACUCAGGCGAGCAAACAAUCUGAGGAGGAAAUGGAGCAAACUAGCAAUAUGAUUUCCAAAAGGAAGGUUAACCAGCCUGACAACAAUACACAAGAUGAGCUAAACAAGAAAAAAUCGAAAGAAAGAGUGAAAAGGAAACAGAGAAGGCAAAGAACUGCCAUUUCAAAAAAAAUCAAGAAGAGGAAAAAACAGGUAAAUGAGCAUCUACAACAUCAAGUUGAGGACAUGGCUCUAUUCUCCACAACUGAAGAUAGAAAAUCAAAUGACAACUUUGACAAGCCAAUAAGGAAUGAGGUCCAGUAACAAUCGGAUGAAGGGAUUGGGCAAGCUUCAGGAAUUGAUGCUACAAAGGCAUCAACUGUUAAGUUUAAUCCUGAAAUGGGAUCAAUAUUGAGAAAGACAACCUCUUUAAGGGAACCAUCAACCUUGGCACCAAUGUCCAGGGACCUCAAUCCAAGAGGUUGAUGAUUACAUGCCAGGAAUCAAAUGAUCAACAAGUUGUUUGUGAUCCUAAAGGAUCGUCAAUCAAUAUCCAUAAUUCCUUUCAGAUUUUGGAGGAAGAACAAGAAGAACAGAACCAAGGCUCUAAGAGUGACACUAAUCAGAAACAGUCUCAAGUUCUAGAGAUUAACUCUGAAGGGAUCAAGAAAGACAUCAUCACUAAUACUCAUGUACAUCAAAUCAACAAAGGAGGAGAUCAAGAAACACAACAAUCUAACAGCUUAAAAGAAGAUGAUGCUACAAAUGAGCAAUCAUUCAAUGCUUUCUCUUCACCUCUAGAUCUGAAUUUACAUGAUGUUGUCAUCCAACAGGUUCAGGAAGUGAUAGAAAAGGAAGAUUUGCCUCCAAGAGGAGCUAAAAUUUCAAACAAAAGCACCAAGAAAUCUACUACUGCACCUAAUACUAGAGGCAGAGGUAGAGGAACCAAAAAUAAUCUCUAAUCCAGUUUUCCAUGAUUAAUACAAUCAUUUGGAAUAUCAAGGGUGUUAAUUCUAAGGGAUCUUUCCAAAGAUUUAAAAAGAUUAUCAAAAGGCACAAGGUUACCUUUAUUGCUCUUCAGGAACCUUUUGUAGACAAAACAAAGUUGAACCACUACAGAAGAAAAUUUAGCUUUCCAAAUGCGAUUGCAAAUAGUAAUGGGAAGAUCUGGAUUUUCUGGAAUAAUGAUUAUACCUGCAAAGUCAUUAGCAACAAAAAACAACAGAUUACUAUGGAAGUCAAUCAUAGUAUAAUGCAGACUCCUUUCUGGAUUACUGUUGUUUAUGCAAAAACCAGUACAAGAAGAGGAAAGAGCCUUUGGAAAUCUGUCAACGAUAUGAGUAAUCAUAUCAAUGGACCAUGGUCUAUUGGAGGUGACUUCAAUGUAAUUAUGGACCCUAAUGAGAAGAAAGGUGGCAGAAUUCACAGACUUAGUAAAAGCAUGGACUUUAUCAGAUGUAUGGAAGAUUGUGGUAUGGCAGAUGCUGGAUAUACAGGUAUCAAUUACACUUGGUCUAAUGGAAGGAGGAGAGAUAAUAGGAUUCUUUAGAGACUAGAUAGCGUCUUCUAUAACGAUCAAUGGUCAGCUCUCUUUCCAGUGGCUACGGUCAGACACUUGCCCAGAACAGGAUCUGAUCAUAAUGUGCUGCUCUAUAAGUGCUCCAAGUCUGUUUCUUCUCCUAUCAAAUACUUUAGAUUUUUAAAUUUCUAGGUGGAUCAACCUGAUUUUGAACAAGUUGUUAACGAAUGCUGGGAAACUCAAAUACAAGGUAAUGCUAUGUAUAUUCUACAUCAGAAACUCAAGAAUCUCACGCAUUGUCUUAGUAAAUGGUCUAAAGAAAGUAUUGACAAUAUUUUCGACAAGGCAGAAGAACUUGAGAAGAAGGUUGAGGAUCUAGAGAUUAAAUAUGAACAAGGUGACUGCGACAAUAAUAGGAUCAAUCUUAAUUUAGCAUAUGCUCAACAAAUUAAGUGGAUGAAUAUUCAAGACUCUUUUCUGAAACAGAAAGCCAACAUCAAAUGGGAGGAAUAAGGGGAUAGCAACUCCAAAUACUUUCAUAGCAUCAUUAGACAGAAGAGGAAAAGAUCUUAUCUCCAUAGAAUUAAAGAUGAUCAUGGUCAAUGGAUUCAAGGGAACGAGAAAAUUGCAGAAGUUGCUAUCUCUCACUUUAGCAAGCUGUUUUCACAACCUGACCAGAACAAUGACAUGGACUUCCUCAAAAGGAUUGACAAUGUUAUCACUUGGGAAGACAAUCAAGCUCUUAUCCAGCUUCCUUCCGAUGAGGAUGUGAAAACUGCAGUCUUUGAGCUACAUCCUGAUAGUGUAGCUGGUCCGGAUGGAUUCAAUGGCAAAUUUUUCCAAGUUUGCUGGUAUAUUAUUGCUGAGGAUGUGUGUGUGCUAUGGUUAAAGACUUCUUUGGUGGUAACACUCUUAACUAAAUAUUUUACUCAUACUUGUCUAGUUCUUAUUCCAAAAGUUGAAUCUCCUUCUACAUUUUCUCAACUUAGACCUAUUAGUCUAAGUAAUUUUUCCAAUAAAAUUAUUUCAAAAAUUAUCUGCCAUAGAUUAACAGAUUUGCUUCCUAGUAUUAUUUCUGAAAAUCAAACUGGUUUUAUCAAAGUAAGACUAAUCACUGAAAUUGUUCUCUUAACUCAAGAAAUUGUCCAGGAUAUUAAACGCAAAAAUAGAGGUGGAAAUGUGAUCAUGAAACUAGAUAUGGCUAUAGCUUAUGACAAAGUUUCUUGGUUUUUUCCUACUUCUGUUAUGAGGUGUAUGGGAUUUGCUGAACCUUUCAUUGAAAUGAUUCAUAGAUUGCUCUCUAAUGUUUGGUACUCUGUUCUUAUUAAUGGCACUAGAUUUGGUUUUUCCCCCCUCUUCUAGAGGUCUUAAACAGGGAGACCCCCUUUCCCCUAGCCUAUUUGUUAUUGCAGCUGAGGCCCUGUCCAAAGCCCUUAAUCAACUCCAUAAUAAGGGUAAGUAUAUUGGAUAUUCUAUGAAUAACAGAGGUCCAAGAAUGAAUCAUCUGGCCUAUGCAGACGUCUUAGUUAUCUUCACUUCUGGAGAUAAAUACUCCAUAAAGCAGGUAAUGAAAACUUUAAGAAGAUAUGAGGAAUCUUCAGGAUAGGAGAUCAAUAAGGAUAAAAGAUUUUACUUGGCAUCCAAGUAUAUUCGUGAUAGUAGACAUAAUAUGAUUCAGAGGCUCACUGGUUAUCGAUAUCAAUCAUUCCCUUUCAAGUAUUUGGGUUGUCCAAUCUAUUCUUGAAGAAAGAAAAUUUGCUAUUAUACAGAUAUUGUCGGGAAUGUUAUGAAUAAGAUAGGAGGUUGGCAAGGUCAUGUACUAUCCCCUGGUGGAAGAGCUAUUCUCAUUAAACAUGUGCUUCAAUCUCAAACUCUUCAUAUUCUUGCAGUUGUUACCCCUCCCAAGACAAUUCUCAAACAAUUGGAGAGUUACUUCUCCAAUUUCUUUUGGGGCAAAUCUGAAAACAAGAACAAAUACUACUGGAGCUCUUGGAAGAAUCUUUGUUAUCCUACUGAUGAAGGUGGUGUGGGUUUUAAAAGUUUAACUAACUUAUGUAAGACUUUUUCUGCCAAAAGAUGGUGGAGGUUCAGAGUUGCAAACAACCUUAGGGCCAAAUUCAUGAGAGCUAAAAAUUCCCCGAGAAGCCACCCUGUUGCAAAGGCCUUGGAACCUAAACAUUCUGCUGCAUGGAAGGAAAUGAUACAAAUCAGAAAAGAUUUUAACCUUCAAUGAUGGUGAUAGCUCCUUUUGGUGGGAUAAUUGGACAGGACCACUUGGUGCUUAUGUCAAUGGUAACAGAAAACCUGGAAAUGUGAGGAUCAGGGAUUGUAUCAAGGAUGAGACAUGGGAUGUAAAUACUAUAUCUAGGCUGGUUCCUAAUAAUAUGUUGAAUCAUAUUAUUCAUAUCCCUAUUGGCAAUAGACAGAUUAAUGACACCCCUGUUUGGACUGAGACUUCUAAUAGGUCCUUUACUUGUUCCUCUGCUUUUAACUGCAUUAGGAAAAGAAGGGAUAUGGAUAAUAUUUGGAAAGAUGUGUGGAAGAAGAAUGUCCAAUUUAAAAUGUCUUUCUUUCUUUGGAGAGCUAUUAAGGGUAAACUACCUGUGGAUGAAACCUUAAAGAGAUUUGGUCAUAAUAUAAUUUCCAGAUGUUCUUGUUGCCUACAUCCCAAGAAAGAAACUAUAUCUCAUAUUCUCUUUAAUAGUGAUAGUGCUUUUCUAACUUGGAAUUUCUUUGCAGAUCCUCUUGGAAUUAAAGUAGGAUGCCAAUCAAUUGCAUAUUACUUUAAAAGAAUGGAGGAACCUCAGAAUAAGAAUGAUGUCCAAAGAGACCUAUGUCGAGUAGUUCCUAUCUUUAUCUGUUGGGAUCUAUGGAAACAUAGAUGCUCUAUCAGGUAUGGAAACAUAAAUCCUACGAUUGCAAAGCUAAGACAGUCUAUUUUGUUUCGUGUGAAGGUAUACAUGAAGAAGAGAGGAGCUAUUGUGGACAUGAAAUGGCAAUGGCAUCAAAUUUGCACUUACAUGGAAGACUAUAGACCAAGAAUCACGAGCACUCCAGUUAUAUAGAAUAAACCUCCAGAAGGUUUGGUAAAAAUAAACACUGAUGGAAGCAGUAAUAUUACAAAGAGAACUGCAGGAAUUGGAGGGGUGGUUAGGAACAGAAAUGGAGAUUUGAUCAUGGCAUUUGCCAAAGCUUUUCAUUUCUGCACUAACAACCAAACUGAAGUUCAGGCAGCAUUGUAUGCUCUUAAUUGGUGCAGGCAAAAUAAUAUGACCAAUUGCAUUUUAGAGAUGGAUUCCCUUAUGACUAUCAAUAUGAUGAAGGGAGUUUAUAAACCUUUCUGGAUACAUGACUCAAAUAGCACACGAUUUGAACAUAAAAGUCCAGCAUUGCUAUAGAGAGGGAAAUGAAACCGCUGAUGCUUUAGCCAAAUUUGGAGCCAACUCGCAAAUGUCUAUAGAGGCAAGAAUUUUCUCUCAGGUGUGUGAAUUAGUAGCUGAAGCAAGGGGAGCUUACUGUAUGGAUAGAGCACAAUUCCCAUGUUUUAGAAUUAGACUUAGGAGGUACGGUACAAACUCUCAUGGUGAUUAUGUACUAUGCAAUUAGCCCCGUAUUUUUAUAUAUUUUCUAUCAUUGUGGAACGGGAAAUAACCCCUCACAAAUUCUCGGUAAUCACCACUCAUGUACCCCUCCUCAUAGGAGCUUUUGUGUAAUUAGUAGAUCUCUAAAUAGGCCUAAUUCGGACUAUGAUCCAAAGGAGAUAAGGCACUAUGUCACUCUCCUCCAUGUAUUCACUUUUUGACUUUUGGUAAUACACAGGUAAAGGGUCAUGCCUCAA